AUGAAGUCGGAGAACCCGGACCUCAAGCAUUUCCUCGCGAUCCCCUGGGCGGCGGCGCACCUCAACGCGCCCUACACAGUCCGCGAGACGCCCACGUCGCGGUUUCGGAAACGGGACACAGAGGACGAGCUCUUCUCCACGACGCUGAACACGGAUAAAACCAUUGCCGCGUUUCUCACCUUUUAUAAGCGGCCCGCACCCUCGUUGUCGUCGUCGUCGUCGUCGUCAUCAUCAUCAUCACCGUUGCAACCAGCGCCGUCAUCCGCCGGAAAUGACGGCUCCGCGAGCAACAUCAUCCGCGAAAUCAAGGCGUUGCUGACCCUGCGCCAGGGCGUCAACGGGUACCCCGGCGUGUCGCACGGGGGUAUCGUCGCGACGAUCCUCGACGAGACAAUCGGGCUGAUCCUCCCCGUCAACAAGACCAACGGGCUCGUCGACGAGGGGGCGUACAUGACCGCGUAUCUGAACACGCAGUACAUCAGGCCCGUGCGGACGCCGCAGACGAUUCUGGUUGUCGUCACAUUGAAGAAGUUUGAAGGGAGGAAGUACUGGAUCGACGCCGUGAUCGAGGACAAGGACGGCCAGGUGUUGGCUAAGGCGGAGUCGCUGUAUGUCAGGGUGCGAGAGAAGCUGUGA